AGAAUCUCGUAUUUAGGUUCAAACACUGUCUAUUCGUCGUAUUCUAUUAAAUUUAACUUAAUCAAUGCCAACCAGACAAAUAACCAUUUGUCCACACUUUUCAGAUCUUUCAAAUAUAAUUUCUGUGGCUUGUGUUGACACACGGCCUAACAUUUAGGAGGCUUGUUUUUCGCAAGUAUUUCAACGCCUUUAUUCCUUUUGUAGCAUUUGUACAUGUAAAAGUUAUAUAUAUCCUCAAUACCACCACCACCACUACUAACUACCACUACCACUGUCACCAACAUCACCAGUAUUUUAGCCACCACCACCGCAACCACCAUAACCAACACUAUCCCCUCUACACCGACACUAUUCUCCUCCACUUCCAAACGAAGGCUGAGUUGCAUAUCCUUAGACCAUAACUACUACUACUACUACUACUACUACUACUACUACUACUAUUAGCUGUUACUAUAUAAGGGCAGUGAUCUUUAAUUCUCAUUAGAUAACGCGCUUGUCAAGAAAUUCAAACACGCUUAAAGCCGCAAAAUAUAUUAGAAAUGAAGAUAGGUUCGACCCUGUACCUUUUCGUAAUCCUAGCUGUCUUAGUUUGGGGAAAGGUCAAAAUUGAAGAACUUAAUGACGGCAAUAAGGCUGGUUCAAAUGCAGAGAAAAGAGCGAUGGGGAAUGCAGCUAUCGAUAUUCCAGCUAUCAAGAGAGUUAAACGCGAAAACUCUAGAUACAGCAUUUAUGAAAUUUAUAAUAUAAUAGAAAAAGCGCGCAUUAAAAUGAUUGCAGAAAAAAAGAAGAAACAAGGCAGAGGUCUUAUGAAUUCUCUUGCUCGUGAUAAUGGCUUAGCUGGCAAGGGACAUCAAAUAUCGAAACGUUCUGUUGAGGAAGCACCGCUGUCCCUCGACGAAGAAAUGUCUAAUACUCAAGAUUCUCAAAUUCCUUUGCAACUUUCAAAGGAAUUAUAUAAAAGAAGACGGAAUGCUCUCUAUUCUCCUCCAGAGGCCUACAAAGUCUCAAGUAUUUUCGAUGCCCCCGAAAUAUAGGGCUGAAUUAUCUCAUUUCAACGAAUUUCAUAACAAUUAGCUCUGGUCGCUUCAAUACAGAUCUAUGAAGAAGAAUGCAACAUCACAUAUGCACACACAGCAGAUGCACACAUACACACACAGCAGGAAGAAAGCAAGAGACAAUGUCUAUCGAAGAGAACCACCUAAGAUCUGAAUUCAUUUCAUUUAAAGUGUACUUUCUCGGAAGAAAAUCCAGGGAAAAAUCGAACCUACAUCGUUUGUUACUCAUUUUAGAGAACUAUCAAUGUUUAUCUAUCAAUCUAUCAAUCAGAAUUUAUUCUAAUUAACUUACAGACCGAGGAUAGAACACAACAAUCACACGAACAACAACAACAACCACGUCAUCAACAUCCACACUAGCAACAACAGUGACAACAAUACCGGUAGCGAUUACAUACAAUAACACAGCAGUAAUCACAGAUAAAGGGGAAGAAACUGCAGAGAACGAAGGGGAAGUAAUUUAUGGAAACCAAAGAAAUAACAAAAGAAAUGAAAAACAAAGACAUAAACAAAGCGGAGAAUAGUAAUUUAUUUGUAAAAUACAUGAAAUGAAUUUUCGAAUUGAAAAAGAAAGAAUAAGAAAACAAAUUAUAUAUUUUGAUAUGAGACAAAAAUAUCUAAGAGAGACGUGUUUUUAUUUCAUAGCCUUUCGCUAGUUUAUAUUCUCCAAGUUCAUUAAUCUUCCAUAUUGUCAUUCACAUUGUGUGUAUGUGUGUGCGUAAGUACGUUUAUAUA